AUGGGGCGGGAAUGGGGCAGGAACGGGGAGGGACGGAGGUGGGAACUGAGCCGGAGUGAAGGAGGGACCGUAGAGGGGGAGGUUGGGCCGAGCCGCCAUCGCAUCACUGCCCGCCGCGCCCCCUCAGAGCCCGCUGAGCGCGGCGGUCCCGGAGCCGCCCGUGGGUGCCCCCUCCUCGCUUGGGCCUCGCAGGUUGUGUACGAGGUAACUGGAGCAGCCCUCAGGCCGCCGGGGUUCCGCCGCCCUGCUCCCGCACUGAGCGGGCUGUGCCGGACGGGAGCGGCACCGAAAGGCCGGCCAGGAGGGUCACCGGGAGGGGUGGUGUGCCGCAGGUACCCCGCACCGGAGGAGCCUGUUCUUCAUGUGUCAGAACUCUUCAUUUUGAACUUUUAUUUUAAUAGUGCUUCUAAGAAGAUGUCCAGUCCAGAUCCCCUCACAAAUACAGAGAAGGAGACCAUUAUGGGCCCUCAUGGAAUUAAUCGAGCUGUUCACCGCAUCUCUUUCUCUGAUUGCCAGAAUGGAUUAGGAGUUAAAAUUAUUGGAGGCUAUCGGGCACAAACAGCAGAAGAUUAUGGGAUUUUCAUAAAGAGAAUUCUACCUGGAGGGGUUGCUGCUGUAGAUAGCCGUUUGCUCACUGGGGACCUAAUUUUAGAUGUCAAUGGAGAAAACUUGGUUGGAGUAACAAAUGAAAGGGCUGUUGACAUCCUGAGAACAGCCUCAGCCUCUAAUCACAUGUCUCUGCUCAUUGCUAGAGAUGAAGAAGCAAAGAAAGAAUUCCAUGACCUGAUGGAUAAGUAUGGCUCUCACAGUGACACCAGCUCUGCAAGAGCUUCUCCGACACAUCAGUUAGCUGCAAAAUCUAUAGACAGCCUUUCUUCUGGGUCAUCCUCAAGGUCACAGAGUCCUCAGCUGCAUCUGAAGGAUAACAUCACCACCAGCAGCAGCAGAAAUAAUUCUGUCCCACCACCAUCCCCAAAGCUUCCAAAUGACAGUGCAUUUCAGAUUAUCUCUGUUUGCAAAGAAGCAAGCCUAGGUUUGAAUAUUGUAGGAGGAAUUAACAGAAAUGAAGGGCCUUUGGUAUACAUUCAAGAAAUUAUCCCAGGUGGUGAUUGCCAUAAGGAUGGACGAUUGAAGCCUGGGGAUCAGCUUGUGUCCAUCAACAAAGAGUCCAUGAUUGGAGUCUCCUAUGAAGAGGCAAAAAGUAUAAUCAACAGAACAAAGAUGAGUUCUAGGUUUGAAAAUUUUUGGGAGAUAGCUUUUAUUAGGCAGAAAAACAUACCCAGUCAUCCAAAGAAUCUGCAGCAUCCUUUCAGCCUCUUAACAUCUUCUGUAGCACAUGGAGAGCAACAGGCUGCAGCACUUGGUCCUCUUCCCUCUCCUAAUGGGAGGCUGGUUUCAACAUUCCCUCCAGAUGCUAUGGAAACUGGAGUCAAGAUGGGAGGGCAAUCUCCAAUUACUGGUCUAGACAGCAAUCCUGCUGCUGCAUCUGCCACGGUUAUUGCCCCCAGCCAGAAUGAUGACUAUGAACCCCAAGGAAAGAACUUGAGUAUUCUUCUCAAAACAGAAAAGCUGGAGAGGGCACUGAAUUAUCUUGGGAUUCAGCUCACAAAUGAACAGCAGCAAGCCCUAAGGCAGCAACUUCAUAAAGAUUCGAAAGGAACAGUGUCUUUUGGAGAUUUCGUUGAAGUUUCAAGGAAACUGUUGUCUGUGCACUCAAAUGCAGCUGAUGAUGGUCACAAAUCUGAAACCUCUGGAGUCAGUGAAGUUGCCAGUUUACAGGACUCACAGUUCGUAACUUGUGAUUCCUUGGAGGAUGAUGUGGAAAAACUUAAGAAAGAAAGAAAUGAAGCUUUAAAAGAAAUCAGUAUAUUAAAGGAAGAAUUGUCUGAAUCUGUGAACUUACGGCAACAGUUAACAGAGCAGCUACAAGUAGUCAAGCAAGAAGCCAAGGCAGCUGUGGAGGAGACAAGAGCCCUGAGAAGCAGAAUUCACCUUGCAGAGGCUGCACAAAGGCAGGCUCGGGGAAUGGAGAUGGACUAUGAAGAGGUGAUUCACCUGUUAGAGGCUGAAAUUGGAGAGUUGAAGGCUCAGCUCGCUGAGCAUUCUGGCCAAAAUAAAGAGAACAUUCAAGACUUGAGAAAGAGAGUUACAGUGCUUGACUGCCAGCUGCGGAAAUCAGAGUCAGCCAGGAAGACCUUUGAGGUGGCCACUGAAAAAUUGCUACAAUUUGUAGAGGUUGUGCAUGAAAUACUUUCAGAUAACUCUACUUCCUCAACAGUUUUAAGUGACAGAAGAACAUUGUCCACUAAAGCACUUCUGGCUCGGCUGGGAAGGGUCGGACCUACUGUCACAGCAGCUCUUGCAGCAGAAGCCAGGGACCUUGCCAAGUCUGUCCGUGCCAUUUUGGAAGUAGAUUGUCUGCCUUAUGGAUGGGAAGAAGCUUAUACAGCUGAUGGAAUCAAAUAUUUUAUCAACCACGUGACACAGACAACGUCCUGGAUCCAUCCCGUCACGAGCGCACUGAGCCUGCUUUGCUCCGAGGAGGAGGAGGAUGGAAUCAGAGACCUUCCUGGGCCCAAGAGCUGAGGACAGCUCUGCACAGAGUAUAGUUUGUCCGAUUUUAGUCCCUUAAUGAGAAGAUGCACAGGUUUUAAUCUACCUGUUUUUCUAGUGUCAUGUAGUAGUACCUGGUGACAUUUCUCCCCAUCAAGCUGGAGGAAGUUCUGCUGUUUUUGAGGUGGGUUUGUUGAUGUGUGCUACAAAGGAUGCAGGUGCCACAGGAGCCCUUUAUCUGCCCCAUUUUGGUGUGCCAGGGAUCAGUCUCACCCUAGGGCCCAGUCCAGUCUUUUCAUGAGUUCCCCAUAGACCCAUAAUUUUCCUGACCCAAAGUUGAAUUUUCCCAGUCAGCUGAAAUUUUCACAGCUUUGAGCAACAUGAGAUUUAAGAUGGAACCACUGGUGGUAAAUUCCAGCUGAUGAUUGACUGAGAGAUGCAAAAUGAGGUGGGGUUUUUGAACCAGUGCUAGUGAGAAUAAUGUAGAUGACUUAACUGAAAAUUCUUAUUUCUAUGGGAGAAAUCUGCAAAUAAGUUUUGCUACUAGAAAUUUAGUGGUUUAUAACAACUAUUGGAGCCCUGAUGACUUUUUUAAACAAAUACUUACUAAGAUUGGUUGUUGAGCUUUAGAAAAAUGUGUCUUUGAUAAGUUGUCAAGUAAAACGUUUUCAUUUUCAUAAAAAGUUUUCAAGUUUUCAUAGAGGACAUCAUGCUCUGACAACAAUAUGAGGCAAUAUGAAAAUUAUUCUACUUUUCUACUCUGCUAAACCAAUAGACACACAUCAAAUACUUCAGUGGAAGCUGUGAAGUUUCAAGUACAAUGAAACCUGUGAAACCACCUCCAGGAUCAGCAGAAAUCAGUCACCACCUCAGAACUGGUCUUUUAAGUAGAACAAAAUAAUUUUGUACACAUUGGUGAUGUUUUAAAGAGGAUAAAGGAAAUGAUGGAGAGUGCUAGUGCAAGUUAAUGAACAGGUUUCUGUGAACCUCAAUAGCACAGGAUAUUUUAAAUCUCGUUAUUCACAGCACAAUGUCUGAUGUCAGCUUUGUCAAAUGUCUCAUUCUGUGCUACAUUUUUCUGGAGGCUCUUUCUGUGUG